ACCAAAUUGAAGGAAAUAAGGCAAGAAAUCCAAAAAAGUGUUUCAUAUUUGUUUUUCUGUUAUCUCGCUUGUCACCUCCCUAUGUCCCCCCAUCUUCAUGAAAAAAUCGUUCCUCCGAAAAUAUAGGUUGUGUGGUAUCAAACUGAAGUAAAUAAAGCACGGAAUCUAAAAAAGUGUUUGGUAAUAGUUCAUAAAAUUGCUCCCCUCAUUAUAUCGGAUAAAUUUUCUUUUAAAAAGUGUAUCAUUUCAAAAUGUAUUAUCACGCUAGCAACGCAGCGGGUAAUAAGCAGUAUGAAAUAAGAGAGAACAGACGCACUCGUAGAUAUCUACCUGGUACUCCAUGGACUUCGUUCAUAAAGUCAGGGGGAAAAAAUCAUUUGCACACUCUGAUUAUGAGAGGCAUAGCCGGUGUUCCAUAGAGCGAAACGAAUUUAAAACUUUAAGGAGGGAAAUUAAGAUUCAAACCAGGAAAGCGUAUCUUGACUUGAACACAAAAAAAGGGUUGAAGCUUGAUCCAAACACUUUCUGGUCUUUUGUGUGUGGUAACUCGGGCCAUGGUGGGAUACCACUGGAAAUGGUGCUUGACAAUGACAGGUUCACUCUAUGGGUAUAGCAAAUGCUUUUGCACAGUAUUUUCAAUCUGUUUUUGCGGAAGGAAAAAACCAAAUUUCCAAUUGCCAAACCCAAGCUGACUACACACUCAUCAACUGUUCCUGCAUUUCAGAUCAUGACAUUCUUGACAGUAUCAAAUCUUUAAAAUCAAAAAGAUCAACUGGGCCUGAUGGCAUACCAUCCUAUAUUUACAAGGGAUGCGCCGAAUUUUUUAGCAUUGAGACAGCGCUGCUUUCCUGAUAUUCUUAAAACGGCAGUAAUUUCGCCUAUUUUCAAGAAUGGCAACUGGGAGGAUAUAAGAAAUUACCGGCCAAUAAGCUUACUGAACAGUCCAAGUUUCUGGAGGACAGAUCUACAGGUACCAACCUAUGCUGUUUCUCGGAAUGUGUGUCUGAAGAUAUGGUCUGAAGCCAUCACUAAUAAGAAACAACUGGAUGCUGGAUGUUAUAUACGCGGACUGUGCAAAGGCAUUUGACAAGGUAGACCACGGCAUAUUGCUGAGUAAGUUGGCUAAUUUUGGUCUCUCUUCUAAAGGCUGUAGCUUCUUAAGGUCAUAUUUGUCACAACGCCAACAGUCUGUCAAGGUUGGACAUACUUUUUCUGAUCAAUUUGUUUCUAUGUCGG